AGCUACUCGAGAAAGCGUCGAGGACAGACCUGGAUUCCCACUUUCCUUUCCCUCGCUCGUCUCGUUCCUCCUCCGCGACGGCAGGACUAUGUCUACCACCAGGAGGACGAGGGCGGGCGCCCCGUCCUCGACCUGGGCCACGUGGUGCACUCGUUGAACCGGUUGGACAGCGGCGACCCCGAGAAAAUCCUUCUCAUGUCCAGGGACGGACAUACGAUGAUCAUCGUCUCCUUCCAAGACGUGAAACGCUGCCUGGAGGCGGCCUGGCUCGAGUAUUGCGAGAUAGCCAACCCCGCCGCCGCGACGCCGGAGCUUGGGCACCUGGUUGGGUCAGAGCACGAGGUGCCGCCUCAACUGGUCCCUGCAUAUAUGAUGGGCGAUAUCGGGCAUCCGGUUCUGAAACGGACAUAUCAAGAGGCAGCUCGCCUCCUCGAUCAUCAUCAAGGGAACUACGCACCAGCCGAACAAGGCUCCGUGGUACCUUGGCUGAUUAUGUGGGAACUUCUGCGGGAGGAGAAACCCCAGGGUCUCUCGCCUGUGCCACUUGUCACGGCCUUCCACGCGCCUUUUCUCCCCACCCACGUCAGUCGUUCCUCCUUGUCCAUGCCAUCCCCAAUAAGAUGCUACAGCACACGUCCCCCGUCCCCCCGCCCUCCUGGAAAUGGCGGCGGACCGAGCCGGCCCCCAUUUCGCCCGAAUUCUCCCCGACCGAGUGGGGGUGGCCGCAACCGUUGGGGCCCGCCUGAGGUUGACCCGAACAAGCCGCCGAUGAACGACGCCUUGCUGCGCAUGGCGCCCGGGAAUGUGCGGGUGGUGAUUUCGAACCCGGAGGACGGGGACGAGAUGGCGGGGGUGAUGGCGACCACGGAGGCGCUGGCCAAAGCGAAGGAGAUGGGCUUGGACCUGAUCAUGAUCAGUGAGACGGCUGACCCGCCCGUGGUCAAGAUUAUCGACUACGGGAAGUUCAAGUACUCGUUGGAGAAGAAGAAGAAGGAGCAGAAGAAGAAGGCGAAGACGACGGAGGUAAAGGAGGUGAAAAUGUCCUACAAGAUCGAGAACCACGACUACGGCGGCGGGAGCAGCAACACAUAG